AUGUCAUCACCGACAUCUCGUUCAUCAUCUCCUUUGGUGACACCAGCCGAGUCUAGUGAUGCCAGUAUACAGAUCGACAACUCUUUGAAAAGAGAUAUCCUCAAGAGCAUGGUGCAGGUUGCCGUGCGACAGACACGAGCAUAUCAAGAGAGUUUGGCAGGAACAUAUCAAGCCAGCGCCUUUCUGGUUAAUAAACAGUUUGGCCUCUUCUUUACAGCUGCUCAUGCUGUAAAUGGGCCAUGUGAGGGAUACAUCAUCUCUCAUAACGAUGAGCGGUGUGAUUUCAAAGUCAAAUAUAGAGACCCGGAACAUGACUAUGCAAUUCUGCAAUGUCCCCCGGAAGAUCUCGAACAGUUGGAUUUGGAAUGUCUGACAAUCAGUCCAGAGAAAGCCAUCGUUGGUUCUCAUGUCUAUUUGAUUGGUAACGAUAGUGGUGAAAAGAUUAACAUAUUGAGAGGCACCAUCUCACGACUCGAUACUCCUUCACCAAGAACUUUUGACAGCAAUGUUGAACUCAUCCAAGCUUCUGCCGCCGGAAAAGGGGGAUGUUCCGGAGGUCCAUUGCUAACACUCAGUGGUGAGGCUAUAGGAAUUUGUGUGAGCGGUCACAACAACUCUCAUCUGGAUUGGUUUUUCCCAUUACAACAUCCUGUUCGCGUUCUAAAUGACAUUGUGGGCAAACGACUUGUCUCCAGAGGAACAAUCCAUACAGUCUGGAAACGCGUACCUUUCUACGAGUGUCGACAGCUAGGACUCUCGCGGGAGAAACAGGCUGAAAUCAACACUGACAGAAAUGGAUUAUUGGUUGCUGCAAUCGUCAUUCCAGAGACUGAAGCCUAUGACUUCUUGCAGGUCAACGAUAUACUUCUCUCAGUCAACGGCAGGCCUAUGGUGCUAUUCACACAGCUCGAAGAGCUAUUGGAUGCCAAUGUCGGGCAGAAGAUUCAAAUCAGCGUUGUCCGAUUUGGACAAGAGCUCACUUUUGAGCUUACUGUACACGAUCUGUUGACUAUUGUACCAACACGGAUCUUGAAUGAUUCAGGGGCUGCAUUCCAUAAUGUUCCCUAUAGGACUGCUGUUUGCUGGAAGGUACCACUUAGAGGCAUGUUUUUGGCCUCUUCAAGCAUAAACUUUUCUCUCGGAGAUGAGACCUCUAGUUAUAUAAUCUCUUCUAUCAACAAUCAUUCAACGCCAAAUGUUAUUGAGGGGGAGAGAGUGCUGUGCAAGCUCAAAGAUCGUGAAAGAGUAUUUGUACGAUAUACGCACGCAACUACGAAUACUCGGCCACAAACAACACAUAUCACUAUAGACCGCCACUGGAGCCAAAUGACGUUAACGAACUAUAAUCCCGACACCGAGCAAUGGGAGUAUUCCAGCAUAGAAACCUCAGAGUCAACUGCGAACAAUGAGCCUGUCCAGUCAACAACCACAGUAAUGGAUACCAAUACGGUCAAAAUGCCAUGGCUCUAUCAGGUCAAAAGACGAUUCGUGCAAGUAACAUGGAUUGCACCGUAUCUUAACCUUGAUGAAAUUGCAGAAACCAGGUUGGAAAGUUUUGGCUUCAUUCUGAGCAAUGGCUUGAUUUUCGCAGCCAAAACUACAUGUCCACACGAUCUAUGUGAUCUCUAUAUCGAUAUCGACGGCCGCGAGAUCUUGGGCGAACUUGUGCACAUGGAUGACCGACAGAACUGGGUUCUUAUUCGAUACAACUCUGCCAAUACUAGUACUCAAUCGCUCGAUGCAGUCCAACUUGCCACCGAGACCCCUCAAGAACUGGAGACAGUGACAUUUGUCGGGAUGGACGGCCAAGAUGUAUUCCAUACAACAAAUGCCAUCAUCACGGGCUCAUCCAUUGCAGAUUUCGUCUCGCCAAUACAGCACGCGGAAGCAAUAGACGUCGUUCAGCUCGACAGUGAGUGGGCGCAUUUCUGUCUAUCAGGGGUUGUGUUGAAUAACUUGCACCAGGUCGCAGGUUUCUGGCUUGUCAUGAAGAAUGGAGGGCGCUAUUUACUUCCAACUACAGGCAUUGCGUCUGUUAUAUCUGAAAUUCUAGCCGGAGGUCAGUCAAGGGCUCGUGGAAGAUUUAAUUUCCGCGUGGAUGUCAUUCUACCAAAGAAUGCCCGUGUGAUGGGAGUAUCGGAUGAACAUAUCGAAUGCGGAAUCCGCGCAAAUGGGGCACAGCAUCGAUUCUUCAGCGUUCGAAGAGCGACUCGAGAAGUUGCAGAGUAUAUACGACAUGGUGAUGUCUUACUCAGUAUUAAUAGCAAGAGAAUCACGCAAUAUCUGGACUUUGACGCUUUGGAAGAUACCGAUAAAGAGACUGCCGAAUUGCUUAUUGUACGUGACGGCAAGGAAAUGGUUGUCGACUUUCCAUUGAAGCUAGCCACCGAUGUGUCAACAGACCGAGUUACUUGUAUACUGGGGAUGGUCUUUCAGAGACCGUAUACAGAUAUUAAAUACAUCACACAGCACUUUCCAAGUGAAUUAAUCUUUACAUGCGCGGUUGCUGGUUCUCCUGGUCAACAAGCAUCGUUGCCCUACAACAAUUUCAUCGUCGGCGUCAAUGGAAAGCGCAUACAUGAUCGUGUUUCUUUCCUGAUAGAAAUCAAACAAGUCCCUGAUGAAACGGAUUUCACAAUUCAAUCCGAAGACUGGAAUGGGAAGGAGUAUAGUGAUAUCGUACGAAAGACAAGAAAAGCUUUUGGUUCAUCCGAGUUUGUGAAGAAGAAUGGGAAAUGGAAGAAAAUCCCUUUGAAUUUGGAAGAUUUUGCAGGCUAG